CGUUUGAUAGCUUUGGUAGGUUCAGCUGAGGAGCAGCGUUGGAGAGCACAGAGUUUGUUUCUAUGGGAAUCGAGGGUGCUACACAGCCACAAGUGAGACCCAUUCCUAGCGCUUCAGGCAGUCAUCUUGCGGAGGCACCGGCCAUGUCCAGGAUGCCUCCGCUUGUAGAAGGGGUUUGUAGUCGGGACAGCAGUAACAACAACAUGGACAGAGACACUAGUUUCUUUGCACGACCUGGCGUUACUCGGUCACCAUGGAUGAACAUGCCUACAAUAACAAAAACACUUCCAGCCGACUCAGCUCGAAGCGAGGACAACUCUGUCAUGACUGUCGACGAUGUGUUUCUCAAAAAAGAAGUUAUGCAGAGCAGGUUUGAAGACUCUGCGCUUUCUCAGCAGGCUCGGAAGGUAGCAUCAAUGAAUGUCAACCACUUACGGCAAGCGGCGUCUCAUGUCUUUGCAAGAGCACCUGGAAGCAGCAAGCAGCCGCCUACAGCACAACUUACUAUCUUUUACGCAGGCAUGGUUAACGUCUUUGAUGAUGUACCACUCGACAAGGCUCAGGCUAUUAUGCUUUUAGCUGGUACAGACAGUACGUGUUCUUCGAACCACAUGAACUUGCCUGGUGCUUCUGUACGCCCUUUUCCUACCCGAAUGAGUCAGCCCUCUUCUAGGGUCGGGUCUCCCGCCCCACAAAUGACCACCAGUUCUGCUGGGACUGCAGCGCUACCAGGUGCACCAAGAGCAGUCAAUCGACAGGCUUUGACUGCAGCAACGACUGGUCUAAUUGUUGAACUGCCUCAGGCAAGGAAAGCGUCGUUGGCUCGAUUUUUGGAGAAGAGAAAAGACAGGGUACGUAAAGGACCGUAUACUGACUCAAGAAACGAAGAGGCUGCGAGAGAUGAUGAGUCAAGAAGAUCAGGUCGUCAAAACUCGCCAUGCCCAUCGGAUCCGAAGGGGAAAAUACCAGCACGGUCCCUCUCCCCUCCAGCAACAAAGAACCAGGGCAAUGCGCCAUUUCCUGGUGGUGCAUCGACAAGCUUCAGUGAACUUAACUCUCCACCGCAAACUCCACCAAGGAAAAGCAUGUCGGAUGACAGAAGCCAUGAAACGCUGGAGAAGUCCAAGGAAUCUGAAAGUAGGAUAGAGGCCAUGGUACCUUCUGGAGAGAAGUUGUCGUCCCCAUCUAGAAAUGGGACAGGCAGUCGGACAGAACCAAUGGAUGAGCAUUCUUCGUAACUUUUUGCGUCUGCUCCUGAUUAAUUUUUGUAGGCUACGAAUUGUUUUCAGGUCUCAUAGGACAGUAGUAGCAGCAGCCCAGUCUGCCAGGGAAUGAUACACGUAAAUAGUUGUACAUACUUCCCUCAAGUUGAACCGAAUGAUGUAGCUGAGGAUGAGAUCGAUCAGAGUGGAUCGGUCGAUUGAGCAGUAAAUCGAUAAAGUUGGAGCUGCUUAAGAACAAUUUAGUGACAUCUCAUGGGGUACAUGAGGUGGUCGUUUGGCCCCUGCGGCCUGUUCACAGGUCUUACAUUUCAUUUUGACACAACCUUAAUUUGGUCAAUUUUUUCUUCUGAUGAUCAUUGGGUCGUCGGUAUUCAAAA